AAACUGUAGGCGGCUCAACUCACAAGUGUGUAGAAACGAACAUGGAGCCCCGCCACUGGAACACUCGUUUGUCUGUCUUCCUCGUUUUGGUUCUCCACUUCGUCCCGUUCUCUGCCACGGCAGACCAUGAAGUCCCAAGCACCCGCAGCACCAUAAUCUUCAGUUCUUUAGACCGAUCCAACUAUUACUUCGACGUCUACACUCUCCCAAUUGCCGGCUCCGGCCACCUCAUCUCCGGAAACGAGCUCAAGAUCACCGACGGCCACUCCGCCAACUUCAACGGCCAUUUCCCCUCCUCGACCUCAUUAUCCGCGCUGCUCUCCUCCCUCCCCGAUCAGACCCUCGCCGCAACCCCCGACCAGCUGCCCCUCCACCUGGUCUACGUCACCGAGCGAAAUGGAUCUUCGAGCAUAUACCUCGACGUUCUGUACUCCGGCGGGUCGGGUUACACCCGGAGAAGGUCGACGCUUCAAGUACCGAAUCGGGUUCAAGUCCCGUUGGUGGGCAUUCAACAAUCCAACGGUCUGAUUGGGAUAAAGGAUAGGCCCUCUCUGGUAGGCGAUUAUUUGGUCUACGUUUCGACUCAUGAGAACUCGGGGGUGCCGAGGAUGAGUUGGGCUGCUGUGUACUCCACUCACCUCAGGACCGGGUCGACCCGGAGAUUGACGCCUUAUGGGCAGGCUGAUUAUAGUCCCGCCGCGUCGCCGUCGGGGGUCUGGACGGCGGUGGCUUCGUCUGGGGAGAAAGAAUGGACCGAUACCGAUAAAAUACACGAUAGUGGUACUGAUAUCUACAUAUUCAGGACUCAGGAUGGGUCGGACCGAGUCAAGGUGGUAGAGCACGGCGGGUGGCCGAGCUGGGCCGAUGAAUCGACUCUGUAUUUUCACCGGAAGAGUAGCGACGGAUGGUGGAGCGUCUACAAGGCAAGUCUUCCGAAAAGCGGACGAGUCGGUGUGGGCUCAGUGGUGACUCAGCGAGUCACCCCACCGGGUAUCCACGCGUUCACUCCGGCUGCUUCGGUGGCCAACAAGAAUUUCAUUGCUUUGGCAACGAGGCGACCCGAUUCAGAGCAACGGCACAUAGAGCUUUUCAAUGUCAUUUCAAAAGAGUUCGUAGAGGUGACCCGACCCAUUUCUCCUGGGGUUAGUCAUUACAACCCGUUUCUCUCUCUUGACUCUACCCGGAUCGGAUACCAUAGAUGCAGAGCCCGAGACAACGGAAGGAAAGGCGACCAUUUGCUCUUGGAGAAGAUGCAGAGCCCACUGGCUGGCGUUGAUAUGUUUCGCGUUGAUGGGUUCUUUUCUUCUUUCUCGCCGGAGGGCGACCGGAUAGCUUACUCGUUGUGGCCGUAUCACACGGGUCUCUACGUUGUCAACCGGGACGGUUCGGGGCUCCGUAAACUCUUGGACGGUAAGUUCAAGAACAGAUUGCCGUUCGGAACUGUUUGGGAUCCGAAAAGAAAAGGGAUUUUGCACACUAAUAUUGGACCCGCUUUUGGUGCCGAAAAGGAAAGAGUCGACGUGAUCUCCAUCAACGUUGACGACGAGGAUGAACUGAACUUCAAAAACUUAACCACCGGUGGCGAUAACAAUGCCCUUCCAGCUCCUUCACCCGACGGAAAAUGGCUCGUUUUCCGGUCGGGUCGUUCGGGUCACAAGAACUUGUACAUAAUGGACGCAGUGGAAGGAGAGAAGGGCGGCCUCCAGCGGCUCACCAAUGGUCCAUGGCUCGACACGAUGCCGUAUUGGUCUCCGGACGGCGACUGGAUCGUCUUCUCGUCGGACCGGGACAGUCCGGGAUCGGAUAGCUUCGCCUUGUAUUUGAUCCACCCGAACGGGACCGGGCUCACGAAACUGUUCUACAGCGGGCCGGGCGGCCGGGCAAACCACGCCUGGUUCAGCCCGGACAGCAAACGCAUCGUGUUCAGCGCCGACCACGCAGGAAUGUCGGCCGAACCAAUCUCGUACCCGGAGAACCAUCAGCCGUACGGUGAACUAUUCUCAAUCGGAGUGGACGGCACCGGACUCACGAGAUUAACCCACAACCCCUAUGAAGACGGGACGCCGACAUGGAGUAGCAUACGCCUGAGUGCCAGCGACGUGAAACAUCCAAUUGUUGCUGAAUGUUCGUUUAUGGAUUGCAUCUGGCUCGAUGAAUCGCUUGGGCUUAGCAGUGUCUCGUCCCAGACUCGGUGUACUCAGUGAGUUGGGGAGAUAUAUUAGGAGUUUGUGUUCUGUUUUGUGCACUGGUAUUAUUAAUAAUUAUGAGAUGGACCCUUCACUCUUGUGUAAUACAUUUAUACAGUUUAUAAAUAAAUAUUGGAGAUUGAUUUCUCAA